AUGAUUCGGAAAAAUCAUAUCCCUCACAGAAUUAUGAUCGUUUUAAUGGACCGUAUAAUUGAUUCGAUGCAAAUGAAAAUUAAAAAGAGCAAUAUAAUAGACCAGAAAAGGGGGAGUAUCCAGAUCAACUGCUUAAUGCAUAAAAAACUGUAUGAACCGUAUGGCCCUAACGUAAAUGAUUCAAAAUGUCAGAAUGGUUAUAAACCACAAUGCGCACCAGACAUUAUUCCCCAUGCUGAGAAGCAUCUUGAUAUGAUGAGAGGACGAGGUCAUUAUCAUCAGUAA